AUGUCUCAGCAGGCAGGAUAUUCCCCCAACUUCAAGCGACCCGCGGACAUUAUGCGGAAGAGGUGGAGGAGAUCCCGGAGUGACGCCGGUGUCCUGUCCGGCCCCAGCGGGCAGGAGUCCACCGGCAGCCCGGGACAAAGCGGCUCGUCCCCGGCGUGUGUCCGGCCCUUCUCCCCCGGACCGCUGCUCAGCAACCAGAGAUCCGGAGCUGGAACCAAACGCAGGAACCCGUUCUCCAGUAUCGAGAACACGUACAGCCCCAAAAAGAAAAUACACAUCUUUAACGACGACGUGAAAAGCGACGCUGCAGACGAUCAGCAGGACGAGGACAUGUCAACAAAGAGAGAGUGUCGAGGAGUUUCGUCCUUCAGUGCAAUCCUGACCGAGGCAGAGAGACACGAGCACCGGGAUGUCCCCUCUAAGAAGGGUCUCACUGUCUCUGAGGAUGACUCUCUGUUCGAAGAAGAGGAAGAAGAUGUUAAAAGUCCACUACUCAAGAGUCCUCAGGCCAUUGCCCCCGCCUCUAUAGCUCCCCCCGUCUGCACAGAGUACCCAGCAGACUGGAGCCUGAAGACUCGGCUCCUCUUCACCUCCCCACUCACCCUGUUGUGGGCCGAGCAGCCCAAAGCCCAGGAGGAGGCUCUCGGGCUCAGCCAGCAUUGUAGAGCUCAGUUCACCACCCUGCCUCACACUCUCCAGGAUCCCAGGUCCUGCCCGGAGCUGCGGUGUGCCUUCCAGCAGAGUCUGGUCUACUGGCAGCAUCCCUCCCUGCCCUGGCUCUCUCUGUUCCCCAGGAUCAACGCUGAGAGGCGCUUCACAGGGAAGAGCACCCCCUGGGCACAAAAUCCAUCCCUGCAGCAGAGUCUCAUGAGUGAAUGGUCAGUCAGUCUGUCAUCCCUCUACAGUCUACUGAAGGCCAGACAGUGUCCUUACUUCUACCUCUGCUCCUAUCAGUUUACAGUGUUGUUCAGGGCAGCGGGUCUCGGUGGUUCGAGUCCCAUCACAGCCUUGAUCUCUCCCACAACUCGAGGUCUCAGAGAGGCAAUGAAGGCUGAAGGUAUAGAGUUCAGUCUCCCUCUAGUGGAGGACAGGAGGAAGAGCAAGGACCUACAGAACCUGGAUGGGCAGGAUGGGAAAUCAGAGGGGUGCUCUGAGCUGAAAGAAGGCGUUGAGUGUCAGGAGGAUGAUGAGGGAGAAGACGGAUACAACGACGACGAAGACAGCAGCUUCUCCUGGCUGAAGGAGAUGGGAAUCCAGGACAAAAUCAAGAAGCCCGACAGCAUCAGCAUACAACUUCGUAAGGAGAGUCACACUGUGGCUCUGGACCACAAACCCGAGUCUGUGGUGUGUGUGGAGGGAUCUCACACGUUCACCCUCAUCAACUUCCUCAUCAACUGCAAGGGUUUGGUGGCUUCAGCGGGUUCCCAGGCUGGGUUACCCCCGACCCUGCUGGCCCCCAGCGCUUUCAGAGGAGCUACAAUGCACACGCUGAAGGCUCGCAGUGUGAACGUGAAGUGCCAGGUUGGUUCCACCUUCCAGAAUAUCAGCAGUCUGGAGAUCACAGGACCCAUCCUCCCCUCGUCUCUCCACACCAUCACAAACCUUCUCCGGCCCUCGCAGAAAGGAAACUUCUCCGCGACUCUUUACACGCACGCACCUACUGCUGUCAUGAACGUACACACCAAGCAAGAGUGUACCCCCUGCUCCGUGGACCUGUCCGGGUGUGGCCUCCACCCUGCUUCCCUCCAGCAGCUGCAGCGGCCCUCGAACCUGGGCAAGACCGCUCUGACACACAUCAACUUGAACAACUACAGCUACACCUGGAAAAACUGAAGGCAGCUGGAAUCAAGCAGUGACACCCAUCACUAGUGUUGUUUAGCGCUCGUGCUCAGGGAGAAAACCUGAUUUCUGAUCUGCUGCACGUGCAAGUUAAACCACUUCUCCCCCUCUUAAGUGUACCUUCAAUCUCUAAAUGUCUUUUUAAAACAGAUUUUAUUUCAUUACGUUCUUUUAAAGUUGUGUCCUUGUAAUGAAUGUAAUGUAUAGUUCUGAAUUUAUUUUAACAUGCAUAAAUGUAUUGUGGCAGCUUGUUUUAAAUAAAUUUUUAGUUGAGAGGAAAUUGAUUGUUCAGUUUGGCUUUUAGGAAUGACAUACUAUUGGUGCACUGUGACUUGUUCUUAGGUGUUUGGGACUGGAUUGCUGAGGGAAUAAAUUCAUACUCUGGAAUAUAUGGAAUGCUCGAGAAUCAUUUUUUAGCUUUUUAUUCUGAAAACAACCCUAAGAGAUGUGUAUGCUGCUUAUGCCUCAGUUGUGUAAGAUUCAAAUGUCUGCUGUUUUCUUCUUCAUGAAAUGACAGCACAUGUGACAGAAUGUUGUAGAACUGUUUUUCAUCAAGAGAAAAUAAAUAAUAUAACACAUCA